AUGCCGUACAAUACCAGGCGCAAGUCUCUCUCUCUGCCCUCUCUCGGCAUCCACGUUCCCAUGACCCAUGCCGCCCGAGCUGCCGCUGCUGCCGCAAGUCGAGCUUCGUCCGCCUCGACCUCGACCUCGACCUCGACCUCGUCGACUCCCACUCCUACUCCCACUGCCUCCUCAGGCACCAGCAAUGCCUCUCGACCCGAAUCCUCUCCCUCUCCCUCAGAAUACCCCCAGACGAAGAGGUUAAAACGAUCGCACAACGACGACUCGCCGUCUUCGGCCUCGGCGCAUCCCGCCACCCGCACAAAAUACGAACACACUCCGCCCCCGUCGCCGGCCCCGACACCUUCUCUGUCGCCUUCGCCUAGUAGGGAUGCGGCUCCUGCUGAGGGAGCGCGGCGGACGACGAAAGCUGCGAAGAAGGAGAGCUCUGAGGCAAUCAAUGAUGAGAUUGUCGAGGCGGUGAUUGCUCAGCUCCAGGCUACUGGAAACAGGCCGCACUUGGUAAAGGAGUUGGCGGCAGUCUUGGCUCAACGGUUGAUAGUCGUUCAGCACUCCGCCAAUCCCUGCGCCAUCAUCUCAUCCCGCCUCGCCUCCUUUUUGAAGCGGACCUGCUGGACCGAAUCGUCGCCAUGCCCCCUCGCCAAGGAACUCGAAGCAGUACAUCCCAGGCGAACAUACUUCUUCCUGACCACCUCGCCGCGCCAACCCUUCCCAACCCAGCCCCUCCUCUUCACCCUUCCGAAGCCUGUCACCACAUCUCCAUCCAUUUCAGAUGACGAGCUCGAGCUCGAGCUGACCCUCGACCGCAUCGACGAUUCCGACGACGACGUCAUCAUCGACGACACCGAGAUCAUUUCCGACACCAUCGCCCGGCGAGCCAUCAGCCCUUCCCCCGAGGUCGACCUGUCGUCGCCCGAGUUCUUCGACGACAUGGACGAGGAAGAUUUCGCCAGUAGUCACCCCGCGUCGCUAGGUUCCUCGCGCGCGAGCCUCAUCAUCGACCGCGAGCGCCGCUCGCGCGGAACUUCCCCGCCGCUGGAACGCGACGAGCGCGAGUUCACCCAGACGGCCAACGGGCUCCAGAAGCGCAAGAUGGCUAAGGAGACCAUUACCAUUCUCGACGACGUCAACGAUGAUUCGACGCUCGGCCUCGACUCCGAGACGUCCAAGUUCGAUUCGCUCUUUUAUGACUACCGGUUUAAUUCGAGUAGCUUCGCUUCGAUGGCUAUGGUGGUGAGCCCGACGAUGAAGGCAAGUCCGUUCGCGGGCGGGCUGAAGAAGGAUGGUGAUGAGAAUUGGGUGAAGAUUGGGAGGUUGUUGGAUUGGGAUCAGACUCCUGAGACGAUGGAGCUCGAGGAGCUUGACGGUCUUUUGGACUCGUACUAG